AUGGCGGACGUUCUGUCCUCGGCUAGUGGAGGAGCAGCCCCAGGGGCCGUACCACAUGAUGGGCUACUCGUUCGGGGCCACAGUGGCCUUCGAGAUGGCGGUGCAGCUGCAGGGGGCGGGGGCCCUCGUGGGCAGCCUGGUGCUCCUCGACGGGGCGCCUCGGUACAUCGGAGUGCACAGUCCACUCCACAAGCCUGGCACACCAAACGACGGGAGGUGAAGCGGCAGGUGGUGCAGUACUCGACGUGGGAGGCGAAGCAGGAGGCGGCCACGGACCUGCUGCUGGCGGGCAUCCCCGACUUGCACCCCAGCCGGGAGGACGUGGCCCUGGCCACGAGCGCCUUCUACGACCUUCUCAAGGCCGGCAGCGGAUACGCCCCCACGGCCAAGUUCCGGGGGGACGUCACCCUGGUCAAGCCCUCCAGGCUCCGCAAGAAGGCCAAGCAGCUUUCCCCCGAUUACGGCCUCUCCGAGUGCUGCGAGGGCAAAGUUCACAUCCAUGUGGUGGAGGGACUCCACGAAAACUUCAUCCUGGGCAAGGGGGCGCUGGAGUGUGCCAAUCUGGUUGCCCAACAAGUCUGCACGGCGUAG